AUGAACAGACAUUUUGUUGAAGCAAGCCAUUCAACAUUUGAUAUUUUAAUAUCAACUGAUAUUUAUCAAAGUCGAAAUUCAAAUGUUUACAAGGUGUUGAUUACCCUUAAUUAUAAAAGCAACGACCUACUGAAGAGUUCUGUGACGUGUGAGCGAGACAAAGAAGUAUUAAUUAUGAAAAAGAAAUGUUGA